GUGAGAAUGGGAUCUCUGGAGAACAUGGAGCGUAUGAUUCCGUGGCAGACAUCAUCUCGCUGCUCUCUAGGACAGGUCCCAGAUCUGCUGACGCUGCUAGCCAGAGGAAUCGGGUCAGCCGUAAUACAAAUAGCGACAUUGGUGGCGCCGGCGAGAAGGAGCCUGUUGAUAAAAAUUUGCCAACUCUGGACAACAGACUAGGCUCUGACCUUGAUGAGAAGAGGGUUGACAAGGAGUAUGAUGAUGAUGACAGUAAUUUAUCCACUUCUGCAAGUGAAAGCUCUCAUCCGGGAGAGUAUGAGGAGAGUGAUGAGGAAACGUCUGGCGAGAAAAACAAACUCCAUUAUUUCACAUCACCACCCAAGUCUGCUGGCAUCAGAAGGAACAUAUCUCCAGGCAUGGCUGAGAAUGAGGUCAAACAGUUUCGAAAGAGUUCUCAGAAAAACUUACGGUCAAAUAUCAAGCGAACAGAAACUUCUUCAAACCGUGGAGCUCGGCUUGAGGACGACUUUGUCAGCCACAACAGUAGUGAUGAUGACCCAGCCAUCGCUGCGGAGCUGCUGCAGCAUCAGCUGAGGAUGCAGAGAUCUGUCGGCGGGACAGGAAGUGCCGGGUCACAGCGUUUUAUAGGUCACAGUGGACACUUGAACCACAACAACAAUAGUCAGAGCAGUGGUUACCAUAGCAGCAAUUAUGUUUCUUCUCUAACCUCUAGCCCCAAAUCUAGAGGUCACUUGGCCACGAAAUCCAGAUCUGUGAAUAUAGCACCCAAAAUUUCAUCGAGCCCAAAUCAGAGACCAGAGUUUGACCCCAGACUUUAUUCUGACAAUGAGAACUUAGGCAGUGAAGUCAGUCCUUUGUCCCGGAUGAGCAAGAAAUCUCUAAGGGAGAUAAACAACCCCUUCACAGAAGCAGAUGUGAUGACAUCCAGCGGUAAUAAGACAUAUGACCACACUAGGUACCUGGCAGCAGACGUCACAGACUCAUUUGAGGCAGGAAUGUUGGCCACCAUCGCUCGGGAGGCAGAAGCUGAACUAGAGGAUGUACUGCCAGCACCACAACCUGCAGCAUCCCUGCAGACAGGGCAUAGCUUCCAUCAAACACUGAAUCCCUCGGAGAUGACACACCUGUACAGCGAGUCACCUGCCACCACCAGUGAUGAUGAUACCAGUUUUAGCACAUGGAAAGCUCCGGUAAGUCUGGGAACAUUGAUGAGGCAAGAUGUUACAAUAUGUGUGCCCACACAUGUACACACAUCACACAGGCACACAUAUGUACAGACAUCUACACACAUAAAUACACAGACACAUGAGACUGGCAUAUUGACCAGACUGGGAACCCAAGUCUGCAGACGGCCUGCAUCACAUAAUGGUGCUCCAAGUAUUGUGUACAUACGUUUGUACAUACAUUUUCAGGCUCUCAAUCAGAUGGCCCACAACUACCAGGAUGAAAUGAAGUCGAGACGAAGCAGUGACACUCUGACCUCAUCAAAUCCUCGAGACUGGAGUGGGGUGAUCAGCCCACCCAUCGGACCAAUGUCUGGGCGCCAGAAUUUGGAAGGCACCAUGGAAGGCAUCUCUGAUGAUCUGUCUGACGAUGCUGCAGCGCUCGGUCAGAGGUCAAAGGGUAAUAAAACCAGCGAGGAAGAGGAAAAGUUAGAUCUGCUCUUUGACCCCAAGCUCAACUGCUACUAUGACCCAAAGACUAAAAAGUGGUAUGAACUGGUCUCCUGA